AUGGAAGAUGCUGAGACGGAGCGACUCUUUCAUCAAUGCGAUCGAGGCAGAAAGGGAUACUUGACCGAGUCCGAUUUGAAAGCCGUUUGCCCUCAACUAGACAAUCAGGAUAUUGCUUUCAUUUUCGCCUCAUUGGAUACAGAUGGAUCGGGAAAAAUCGAGAAAGACGAAUUUCUACAUGGAUUUUUGGCUACUGUUGCACGCGCUGAGCAGAGUGGUUGCAAUGGGCUAGCGAGUCGAGCGUCGGCACGAGAAGAGGUUUAUGAAUCGGAUGGGAACUCGUCCAGAAGACAACUCCGAUUGGAAACACAGAAUCGAAAUUAUGCGGGUUAUCAAGAGGAAUGCUAUUAUUCAGAGAGCGAUCGGGAAAGGAUCGAUUUCUCGAUGCCUUGCCAAGACGAGGUGAUCGCUUUGUACGAGCAACUCCAAACGACUGGAAUGCCCCAAUUGUUGGGGAAAUUCGAGCGAGUUGUCGGGAAAUUCUGUCGCGAAAUCCAGGGACACAAAGAAGAGAACGAACGAUUGCAGCACGUGUACACGAACGAAAAGGAGAUGUACAAUCGGCGAAUGGAGGAUAUCGAGACCGAGAUCGACGAGCAGUUGUUGAUCGCUGAAAGGAAAGCGAGGCUGGAGGAACGCGAUCGGCUUGAGAAAGAGAAAGAAAUGAUGAAAGAGAAGAUGGAAAUGGAGAUGAGGGAGAUGAGAGACAAUAUCGACAGAUUGCAGAGGGUCGAGGCACUGCUGGAGAGGGAAGGACAGAGGAGAGGAGCGGCCAAUGAAUUGAGAUCACAGCUACAUGAGAUCUCUACAGAGAAUGUCGAAUUGCGACGAAAUAUGGCUGAAAAUCAGCUCGAGCUUGCAGUAAUCAAAUCCGAAUUGGCACAAACUCGAGCAGAUUACGAUGCAAAGCGAAUGCAAUUGGCCAGUGAAAUGGAGCGUGAACGAGCCGCCAACUCCGACUCGGAACAAGUUCACAAACAAUUACAACUACUUUUCGACGCGAAUCGAAAAUUGGCUGAAACGAAUGAAACCCUUCGACAAGCUUUGAACAAAAGGAAAUCAAUUGUGCACGAGUUUCAUCUGCGAUCACCUUCACCCCGGCCAUCUCCACAGCCAUUCCAAUCACCGACUCAAGAACGACCAUCACAGAUUUUAUUAAGUCCAACAUAUAGCACAAGAAUGUCUGAUGAAGAGGCUGACAGUGGUCUUGCGAUGGGUUACGAGAGUAGUGACAUCGAUGAACGAACACAACAAAAAGUACAAUUCGUGACACCGGAAGUCGUCCCAUCAGGCGCAGUGGCCGAGCGAACGUUUCGAGUGGUGAUGUGCGGUGAUGCAGCGGUGGGAAAGAGUUCGUUGGUGAAUCGUAUCGUUAACGGGCAAUUUCUAUCAAAUUUACCAUCAACAUUGGGCGUUGAUUUCCAUGUAAAAACAGUGAAACACGACGGGAAAGUGGUCGCUCUACAAUUGUGGGAUACUGCUGGACAAGAGAGAUUUCGUUCUUUAUGUAAGAGCUAUUUUCGACGAGCUGAUGGAGCAAUCUUGGUUUACGAUGUAUCGAGUGAACAAUCUUUCUUAAGAGUUCGACAUUGGAUGGAAACGAUUCAGGAAGCAGUCGAACGUCCAAUUCCGAUUGUUCUCCUUGCGAAUAAGAGUGAUUUAAGGGACAGUGGGAGAGCUGUCAUUUCAGCGAAUCAAGGCUCAACCCUAGCUGCGAAAAUGGGUGUCCUUUUCUCUGAGACGAGCGCUUUGGAUGGGAACAAUGUGGACCCGGUUGUGCACACGUUGACUAGGGAAAUGCUCGCCGUGGAGGAUGUGGAAGUGAAAGCGAGUGGGGUGGUGCUGACAAAGGGUCCGCCGAAGAAGGGCGGAUGCUGUGGG